CUCCUCCUCCUCCCCUCCGGCUGGUGUCCUCCUCCGGCCCGGCCGCCUCUCUCUGGAGGAGCAGCAGCAGCAGCAGCCCCGCGAUGGCAGUGGCGGCGGCGGCGGCGCGCGCGUGGAGACAGGCCGGGGCGCUCGGAGCCGCCGGCCUGCGUCGUCGCGCCUUCCUCGGCGGGGGCUCCCGGCUGGCUUGGGCCGGCAGCGGCAGCAGCCCGCAGGCCUCCGCCCCGGCCCGGGGGCUCCGCGCCAGCCCCGCGUUGCUGCUUGCCGCCCGUAGAUUCACAGACAAGCAUGAGUGGAUAUCCCUUGAAAAUGGCAUUGGAACCGUAGGAAUCAGCAAUUUUGCACAGGAAGCGCUCGGAGACGUGGUGUAUUGUAGUCUUCCAGAAAUUGGAACAAAGCUGAACCAACAGGAUGAGUUUGGUGCUUUGGAAAGCGUGAAAGCUGCUAGUGAACUUUAUUCUCCUCUUACGGGAGAAGUAACGGAAGUCAACACUGCCCUUGCAGAUAACCCGGGACUUGUCAACAAGUCUUGCUAUCAAGAUGGUUGGCUUAUCAAGAUGACUGUGGAUAACCCUUCAGAAUUUGAUGAACUGAUGAAUGAAGAUGCUUAUGAGAAAUACAUAAAAUCAAUCGAAGAAUGACCUGAAUGUUUAAAGUAAACCAAUACAAGCUACUUACUUCAGUGUAGAUUGUCCUUAAUUAGUGGUGUACAGAAAGUCCAACUCUGAGCAGUCCAUCAAGGAAAUAUACCAGGAAAAUGUGCUGCCAUUGAAUCAAGUUGUACUUUUCUCUGAACUGUCCAUAAGUGACUGCAUAUCAGAACAUUGGCAUCUCUUUUGCACACCUUCUGCUAAUCACUGGAUUCCCCCCCUCCUCACUUUAGCCUAGUAAGUGUAAUUAUAUGAUGUCAAAGUUUGAAGUUCAUAAUUGCACCUGGAGUAGAAUAAACUUUGUUCCUAAAAUAAAUCCCAAGUAUUGAUAAAGUAGGAUUAUAACAUGCAACAGCCUUAAUUUCAUAGCAGACAGGUUUUCUUUCCCCCCAGUUGUGCAGAUUUCUUCAGACCUCUUCCACCCCGGUACACCAGUCUGCUUUCAAUCAGGUAUUGUCAUAUUGAAGCUGUUUCGUUGCCUUCUGAAUUUGUGAAGGCUUCUGUUGAUUGGAGCCAGAACUUCAUGUUUUGAAUUGAAAACUGCUGAGAUGUGAACAUUUUUCUACCGUUAAAGCUUACUGCUCUGCAGCAGAACAGAUAACAAAAGUUAAUAAAAAAUCCUGACUUUA